CAGAAAGUGCCGCUGUUUCUCUCCUUUUCUCCCUUUUCUCCUCUCUCUUUUUUUUUGGAAUAACACUGUGUUUUCAUCAUGCUUGAAGUCGAAGUGAACGGGAAUCCGACCAGUCAGCUGUCCACUCCUGGCUCGGGGAAAUCUCCAAGCCCCUCCCCUUCCGGCCCUGCUUCAGACCUCAGACCACGCAGGGAGUCUCAGGGUUCAUCUAUCUCUCUGGCCUCUACCAAAGUCUGUAGCUCCAUGGAAGAGGGGGAUGGAGCUGAGUCUAUAGUAGAGGAUGAUAUCCCUGCGGUGCCUGCCUCCAUAUCGGAGCGCUACAGAGUGGGACGUAUGUUGGGAGACGGUAACUUUGCGGUGGUCCGGGAAUGUGUGGAACACUCCACAGGCAGGGAAUACGCCCUGAAAAUCAUUAACAAGGGCCGAUGCCGGGGGAAGGAGCAUAUGAUCCAGAAUGAGGUAGCCAUCCUGAGGAGGGUGAAACACCCCAACAUUGUCCUGCUGAUCGAGGAGAUGGACACCUACAGUGAGCUCUACCUGGUUAUGGAGCUGGUCAAGGGGGGCGAUCUGUUUGAUGCCAUCACGUCCACUAGUAGAUACACAGAGAGAGAUGCCAGCGGGAUGCUGUACAACCUGGCCAACGCCAUCAAAUACCUCCACAGCCUCAACAUUGUACAUAGAGACAUCAAACCAGAAAACCUACUGGUGUAUGAGCAUGUUGAUGGCAGUAAGAGUCUGAAGUUGGGGGACUUUGGUCUGGCCACCGUAGUAGAUGGACCCCUCUACACCGUCUGUGGAACCCCCACAUAUGUAGCACCAGAGAUCAUCGCAGAGACAGGGUAUGGCAUUAAGGUAGAUAUCUGGGCAGCAGGAGUUAUCACCUACAUCUUGCUGUGUGGCUUCCCUCCCUUCCGAGGGAGCAGUGAUGACCAGGAAGUGUUAUUUGACCAGAUCCUGAUGGGACAGCUGGAGUUCCCUCUCCCCUACUGGGACAAUGUGUCAGAGACUGCCAAGGAGCUGAUCAGGUCCAUGCUGGAGGUCGAGCUGGAUCAGAGAUACACAGCAGAACAGGUUCUGGAGCACCCAUGGGUCAAUGAUGAUGGUGUGUCAGAGAAUGAACAGGAGCUGUCAGUAGCAGGGAAGAUAAAGAAGCAUUUCAACACCAGCCCUAAAAGUAACGACACCAGCGCUGGAGUGUCAGUCAUCACGUUGGACCACAGCUUCUCCAUGCAGCGCUCUGGGUCGUUGGACUUCCACCAGCACCCGGCCAUGUACUGGAUAAGGCCACCGCUCUUGAUAAGGAGGGGCAGGUUCUCAGACGAAGAUGCAACCAGGAUGUGAGCUCACGCCUAUUGCCGUUGACAACACAAACAACAACAACAACGGAAAAACCGACUAGCUGCCUCCCCAGCCCGACCCUCGCCCCCCUCUUUCUGACCUUUAUCCUCGGCUCCGUCCCUAACCCUGACCCCUCCACCAGCCACCUAACCCUGACCCCUCCACCAGCCACACCCCAGCGUUGAACCAUGAGGAUAUCUCUCUCAGCUCAGCUGGGACUGUUCGUUCUCCUAACUCCCCCUUUUAGAGGUGGGACUGUUCGUUCUCCUAACGCCCCCUUUUAGAGGUAGGGAGAGGGAUCAAAUGUUCUCCUAACGCCCCCUUUUAGAGGUAGGGAGAGUGGUAAUAUGUUCUCCUAACUCCCCCUUUUAGAGGUGGGGAGAGGGGUCAUAUGUUCUCCUAACUCCCCCUUUUAGAGGUGAGAAGAGGGGUCAUAUGUUCUCCUAACGCCCCCUUUUAGAGGUAGGGAGAGGGGUCAUAUGUUCUCCUAACUCCCCCUUUUAGAGGUAGGGAGAGGGGUCAUAUGUUCUCCUAACUCCCCCUUUUAGAGGUGGGGAGAGGGGUCAUAUGUUCUCCUAACUCCCCCUUUUAGAGGUAGGGAGAGGGGUCAUAUGUUCUCCUAACUCCCCCUUUUAGAGGUAGGGAGAGGGGUCAUAUGUUCUCCUAACUCCCCCUUUUAGAGGUAGGGAGAGGGGUCAUAUGUUCUCCUAACUCCCCCUUUUAGAGGUAGGGAGAGGGGUCAUAUGUUCUCCUAACUCCCCCUUUUAGAGGUAGGGAGAGGGGUCAUAUGUUCUCCUAACUCCCCCUUUUAGAGGUAGGGAGAGGGUAGAGAUGGGAGAAGAGGGGUCAUAUGUUCUCCUAACUCCCCCUUUUAGAGGUAGGGAGAGGGGUCAUAUGUUCUCCUAACGCCCCCUUUUAGAGGUAGGGAGAGGGUAGAGAUGGGAGAAGAGGGGUCAUAUGUUUUCCUAACGCCCCCUUUUAGAGGUAGGGAGAGGGGUCAUAUGUUCUCCUAACGCACCCUUUUAGAGGUAGGGAGAUGGUAGAGAUGGGAGAAGAGGGGUCAUAUGUUCUCCUAACUCCCCCUUUUAGAGGUAGGGAGAUGGUAGAGAUGGGAGAAGAGGGGUCAUAUGUUCUCCUAACUCCCAUUUUUAUAGAAGUAAGGGGGGAGAGAUGCGAGAAGAGGGGUGAUACGUUCUCCUAACUUCCCCUUUUAGAGGUAGAGAGAUGGUAGAGAUGGGAGAAGAAGGGUGACAUGUUCUCCUAACUCCCCCUUCUAGAUGUAGGGGAGGAAAGUAGAGGAGAUAGGGGAGUGGUCUUUCCUCCUCCCCCUUUCCCCCCCAUCUCCCCCUUCUAGAACAGA